AUGACGCUGCAAAGAAUUAGUAAAGAUUACCUAAAGCCCAAUUAUGGGCUUAUCUUACUUAUAGUGUCUUAUUUUUUCAACUCUUCUAUGGUAGUUUCUACCAAAGUCCUAGAAAAUGACCCACUAGAAACUUCGCAAUCAAGAAUUAAUCCUCUACAAAUUCUGCUAGUAAGAAUGUCCAUUACGUACUGUUGCACGCUCGUAUACAUGCAUUGGAAUAAACAAAGUGUUCCAGACAUUCCAUGGGGUCCGGCAUCAUGUAGGAAAUGGUUGAUACUUCGAGGUAUAAUGGGGUUUUUUGGUGUUUUUGGAAUGUACUUUUCUUUAAUGUAUUUAAGUAUUAGUGACGCUGUCUUAAUCACCUUCAUGUCGCCAACCCUAACCAUUUUCCUUUCAUUUUUAUUGUUGGGUGAGCCAUUCAGUAAGCUUGAAGCCUUGGGGUCCCUAAUUUCAUUUUCUGGAGUCGUGUUAAUCAUUCGACCUACAUUUCUGUUUGGCGAGCAAACCCAGGGGCAGGAAGCUUCACAGGACGAUAUUGUCGAAACUCAAAAUCCUAAAUUAAGACUCAUUGCUAUCGGAGUGAGUUUAUUGGGGGUUUGCGGAUUGAGUAGUGUUUACAUUAUUAUAAGGUAUAUCGGUAACAAGGCACAUGCCAUCAUGAGUGUUAGCUAUUUCUCGUUGGUCACUACUGUUGUGGCGGCACUUGGUGUGUUUCUUAUUCCCUCGAUGACUUUACAGCUGCCUCAUUCGUGGAAACAGUGGGGAUUGUUCCUGAACUUGGGUGUUUCUGGUUUCAUCCACCAAAUCCUAUUAACGAUGGGAAUUCAAAGGGAGCGUGCAGGCAGGGGUUCAUUAAUGACUUAUACUCAAGUUAUAUAUGCUGUUUUCUGGGAUGUUGUGCUAUUUCACCACUGGCCAAACAUAUGGACGUGGUGUGGUAUGGCGGUCAUCGUUAGUUCUACUAUAUGGGUCAUCAACAUGAGGGCCUCCAAACAAAACGUUGUAGCUACUGCCGAGUUACUUUCUACAUCGGACUUUGAGUUAGAUGAGUUGGAAAACUGA